UGCAGGAAGUGAGGUGUGAGCGCGGGGGGCGGGGCCCGUUGAUGUGACGUGUCCCUGUGGCCCCGAGCAGAGCGGCCGCACUCCCCGAGCUGUCACCAUGUUGGAUUUUUUCACCAUAUUCAGUAAGGGGGGGAUCGUGCUCUGGUGCUUCCAGGGAGUCCCCGAUUCCUUCACCGGCCCCGUCAACGCGCUCAUCCGCUCAGUCAUCCUCCAGGAGCGCGGCGGAAACAAUAGUUAUAAUCAUGACUCCCUGACUCUGAAAUGUAAACUGGAUAACCAGUUUGAGUUGGUGUUUGUGGUUGGUUAUCAGAAGAUUUUAACGUUAACUUAUGUGGAUAAAUUGAUAGACGAUGUUCAUAAGGAAUUUCGUGAUAAAUAUCGCAAUCAAAUCCAACAGAAUGGCAUUCUGGGAUUACUCAAUGGUUCCUUUGAUUUUCACGAUGAUUUUGACUUCCUUCUCCGGGCAGCGGAGGACACCUGCAAAAUUCGUCCACCCGCCGCCAUGAAAACAUUUGUUCAGUCACAAAAGUCCCAGAAAACUGUUAAGUCCAUGAUUGAGAAGCCAGGGGACAAAGCAAAGGAAAAUAACAAAAAGAGCAAGACUUUUAAAAAAGAGAAUAUUGCACCAGAUACAACUACUGCAAAUAAUAAGUCCCCGGGGGGAUCUAAGGUGAGUGUGUCACCGUCAGCCGGGGACAAGGAAGAGCUAAGCUCGGAAGAGAUCAUGCAACGCAAGCGAGAGGAAUUCUUCCGCAAAAAAAUGAAAGGAGGAGAGAAGGGCAGUAAAUCACCUAAGCCAGAGGCUCCAAAGGAAAAAGGAAAGCAACCUCGUAUUUGGGUGCCUGGCGCCCCAAACACCACAGUACUGGAUUACAGCAAUACCACCAAUGGCAGUAGCCCCGAAGAUGUUUCUGUGCCUGAAGAAGAUCUUGCUGCCCUGCGAUCCCGUGGUGGUGGUAUGCAGGGAAACCUGCCUGAUGUAGAGUGUGAGAGCAGCAGUGAAGAGGAGGAGGAAGACGAGCGGCCGUCAGUAAAAUCCAGCCCUGCUCCGCUAAAAUCCAGCACCAAGAAGAGCAGUUUUGGGGGAAUGUUUGGCAUGCUGAAGGGCCUCGUUGGGGCAAAAAGUUUAAGUUUGGAGGACAUGGAGCCUGUCUUGGAGAAGAUGAAGGACCAUCUGAUUGCAAAGAACGUGGCAGCAGAAAUAGCUAUACAGCUCUGCGAGUCUGUGGCCAAGAAGCUGGAAGGGAAAGUCAUGGGAACCUUUAGCACUGUGACGUCUGCAGUAAAGCAAGCUUUGCAAGAGUCUCUGGUUCAAAUCCUACAGCCAAAACGUCGUGUGGACGUCCUGCGUGAUGUAAUGGAGGCACAACGCCUACGCCGUCCUUACGUGAUCACAUUCUGUGGAGUCAAUGGUGUGGGGAAGUCAACCAAUCUGGCCAAGAUCUCCUUCUGGCUCAUCGAGAAUGGUAUCAGUGUCCUCAUAGCUGCUUGUGACACAUUCCGUGCGGGUGCUGUGGAGCAGUUGCGAACUCACACUCGACGCCUUAACGCUCUGCAUCCUCCAGAGCAGCACAAAGGGCGCACAAUGGUCCAGCUGUACGAGAAGGGCUAUGGCAAGGAUGCGGCUGGCAUUGCCAUGGAAGCCAUAUCAUAUGCUCGUAACCAGGUAUUUGAUGUGGUGCUUGUGGACACCGCUGGUCGCAUGCAAGAUAAUGCUCCUCUGAUGACAGCAUUGGCAAAACUUAUAGCCGUAAACAUGCCGGAUCUCGUGCUCUUUGUUGGGGAAGCUUUAGUUGGGAAUGAAGCCGUGGACCAGUUGGUUAAGUUUAACAAGGCACUGGCUGAUCAUUCGAUGACUGAGAAGCCACGUCUUAUUGAUGGGAUUGUGCUAACCAAAUUCGAUACCAUCGAUGACAAGGUGGGAGCUGCCAUCUCCAUGACGUACAUUACUGGACAGCCAAUAGUAUUUGUAGGUACAGGACAAACUUACUGUGACCUGCGCAGUCUGAACGCCAAGGCUGUAGUUGCUGCUCUAAUGAAGGCUUAAGACCAAUCAACUCGGGUCUCAUUUCCCCUUCACUGUGAUAAGUCAUUGUACUAACGGCCAAUAAUCUAACUGCUUAGCUCGUCCCAUAACGGUUCUCGGUAUUAACUAAUUAUCCAUCUGCUGAGUUCAGUUCUCGUCCAGCACCUUAAAGCCUUGCUAUUCAUUUCCUGCUGCUUUACAGUGUUUUCUCUAUGCAGUUCUCAAAGCAAAUUGUUCUUUAUGUAGUGAAGUCAUGACCGGUAAAGGCCACCGUGCACAUGGUUACCGUGGUGCAUAGGGACAAUUAAUCAUAGGCCUCUUCAAUCAAUUUCUAUAGCAGGAGCUUGCUGGCAGUGUUAAAGAAUAAUACACUCGGUCAGUAGAUGCUGCCAAACUAGUAAUUCCAUUGUUUUGCUGCUAAUGGGAACUGCCUAUAACAAUCCAGUAAUUACUGUCUGAAAUAAGGAAUUCACCAAUUAACCCAAAGAUCUCUCCCUGCCAUUCGUAAUGAUCAGUCUCACCGACACUCACCAGGACUUGGCAAUGCUGGAUUAAUAAAAUGUUGGUAUCCCACGUAUGUCUCCGUGACUCUGUGUAGGACUUGUGGGCUGCAGCCUCUUGGCUACUAUUCUGCCACGAUGGUAGGGGUACAUUAUCGUGUCACUGACCACAAAGGGGGCUGGACUGAGCACCACAGGGAUUGGCAGCCUGUUGCUCAUCGCUCUGAUUCUUUAAGAGUUAAUACCGUAUUUAUUUCUCUGUACCCCAUGCUAUAGUGAUGUGCAAUAUAUGGAUCUCAAUCCAGGAAAACAACAUAAUUUAUAUGAAUAAAUUUCUUAAAUAACA